ACGCGCAGAGCCGCAGAGCCGCGCCGUGGGCGACACCUGGACCCCCGCUGGAGACGCCGCUCUGUGGUGGGGGGGGACAUCCGCGGGCAUGCGGACAAACCGCGCACGGAGCGGCCCGCUGACGUUCCACCGGGUUUCUGGCGUGCAGCUGCAGAGUUAGCAUUAGCAUUAGUGUUAGCAUUAGCUUAGCAUUAGCAUAUCAUUAGCUUAUCAUUAUAGUUAGCAUUAGCAUUAGCGUUGGCAUUAGCAUUAUAGUUAUCAUUACCAUUAUAGUUAGCAUUAGCUUAGCAUUAGCGUUGGCAUUAGCAUUAUAGUUAGCAUUAGCAUUAGCGGACUGGCUCAGCUGUUGUUGUUGUUGUGGAUGGUUUGCGGGUGAGGGCGGGUGUGCAGGGGGACGCUUCUUGUGUCUGUCUCGCUGCUUAAAAGUACCUGCAUCGGGGGGCUGUGUGACCGGCUGUCCUGGAGGACUGUAGCCCGGGCUGCACACACAUCAGAGGGGCGGAGGAGGAGGAGGAGGAGGCACCAUGGCCCAUUCUCCCGUCCAGGGGAACCUGCCGGGGAUGCAGAGCGCCAAAGCCGACCCGGAGGAGCUGUUCACCAAGCUGGAGCGCAUCGGCAAGGGCUCGUUCGGCGAGGUGUUCAAGGGCAUCGACAACCGCACCCAGAAGGUGGUGGCCAUCAAGACCAUCGACCUGGAGGAGGCGGAGGACGAGAUCGAGGACAUCCAGCAGGAGAUCACUGUGCUGAGCCAGUGCGACAGCCCCUUCGUCACCAAGUACUACGGCUCGUACCUCAAGGACACAAAGCUAUGGAUCAUCAUGGAGUAUUUAGGCGGAGGCUCGGCGUUAGAUUUGAUGGAGCCCGGAUCCCUGGACGAGACCCAGAUCGCCACGAUCCUGAGGGAGAUCCUCAAGGGCCUGGAGUACCUGCACUCUGAGAAGAAGAUCCACAGGGAUAUCAAAGCCGCCAACGUGCUGCUGUCCGAGCAGGGAGAGGUGAAGCUGGCGGAUUUCGGCGUGGCGGGGCAGCUCACCGACACGCAGAUCAAGCGCAACACCUUCGUCGGCACGCCAUUCUGGAUGGCCCCCGAGGUCAUCAAGCAGUCGGCGUACGACUCCAAGGCCGACAUCUGGUCGCUGGGCAUCACGGCCAUCGAGCUGGCGAAAGGUGAGCCGCCCCACUCGGAGCUCCACCCCAUGAAGGUCUUAUUCCUCAUCCCAAAGAACAACCCGCCCACGCUGGAGGGCAGCUACAGCAAGCCGCUCAAGGAGUUCGUGGAGGCCUGCCUCAACAAAGAGCCCAGCUUCAGGCCGACCGCCAAAGAGCUGCUGAAGCAUAAGCUGAUCGUGCGCCACGCGAAAAAGACUUCCUACCUGACGGAGCUGGUGGACAAGUACAAGAGGUGGAAGGCGGAGCAGUCGAGAACGGCGGAGUCCAGUUCGGAUGAGUCCGACUCAGAGCAGGACGGCCAGGCGUCGGGCGGGAACGACUUUGGCAGUGACGACUGGAUCUUCACCAUCCGAGAGAAGGACCCCAAGAAGCUGCAGAACGGGGAGGGACAGUCGGGGGCGGCAGACCAGACGAAAGACAUUCCAAAGAGGCCUUAUUCACAGAGCCUGGCCACAGUCAUCUCUCCAUCGUUAGCUGAGCUGAAGGCGAGACAGGAGCAGGUGAACGGGAACCCCAUGGUCCUGGACGAGCUGAGAGAGGCCAUCCUGCUGGCCGAGGAGGCCUACCCCGGCAUCUCCGACUCCCUGGUGGCUCACAUGGUCCACCGGCUCCAGAGUUUCUCUACAAGCAGGACAUCCUCCUCCCAGUAGUAAACACCCCCCCCAACACCACAGCCAGGUCAAAUGGUCGCUCAUUCAACGCCAGACGACCACUUUUGACCGUGUGUGUGUGUGUGUGUGUGGAAAGGGGGGCUAACCAACUCUGUAAAAAAAAAAAAUGACUGAACUCCAAACAGAGGCUUACAGCGAAACCCUGGGGAGCUUUUUUUUAAGUUCUGAGCAGUGAAACAGACUCUGGGUCCCCGCGUGGAAUCUGCUCGACAAGGACCCGGAAAAUCCUCCGCUCCCCAGAAAACCAAGACUUCAUUGCCCCCCCCCCUUAAUGCAGGCGUCAUACCCCCAGAAACCUCUUUAAAAAAGCAUGCUUGAUGAACCUGCAGGGAUAUUAUCUUUGUGUGCAAGUGCGUGUGUGUGUGUGUGUGUGUGUGUGUGUGUGUGUGGGCACGUGCAAGAGUGUGUGUGUGUGUGUGUGUGUGUGCGCGCGCACAUGUAUGUAGGACUCCCUGUUAAGGCAAAAUUUGCAGCAUUCUUAAUGAAACCUCAGGUAAAGCGCUUUAAGUGGACUUCGAGGAAGUGGGAGGAGGGGGGUGGGGGCGGCGUCGCCAUGCUGUACAUGAUUACAAGUUGUCUUUGCGGGGGGGGAGGAUCACUGUGUACGAAAUGGUCACGCGCAUUUUUUUUGUAGAUAUUGACGAUGUUUAAAAGUAGAUAUUUAAAAAAAAAAAAUUACAGAACGAAACAGGAAAUGCCUUGCCUUUUUUGAGAUACACACACACAUCCGGCAUUUCACUGCGGGGUUUUCGUUCCUCUCACUCGUCGACUAGGUAUUAAGUAUUUGUCAGUGUUUUUUUUUUUUUUCUCCAAGUGACCGAGUUCCAAUCUUCCAUUUUGAACCAACAAACUAACUGCGAUACUAAGCAUACUUUGUUUAGAGGCAGAACAUUUUGUGUUUUUUUUUUGUGUGUGUGUGUGUGUGUGUGUGUGUGUGUGUGUGUGUGUGUGUAGUCAGGGGAGGGAAAAAACCUGCUUAUGUUUAGACAAGUCAGUUUUGAAAUUGUUUAGGACAAAGAAAGGAGAUGGAUCCACGUCGGCGGGAUGACACCGCCGAAUUGAGCCCGGGACAAUUGCAAAAGGCAAACCACAAGGGGGCGGUUGAGCGCCAGAAUCAUGUGAAGUAUUAUUUUUUUCCUUGGCUACGAAUUUUUUUUUUUUU